AGAGCUACAACGGUGGUUAGUGCUUAAGAAAUUGGUUUAAUUGUGAUGGAAUUUGGAGCCGAGUACGAGAUUGAGAAAUUUAAUGGUGGCAAAAAUUUCAGCUUAUGGAGGUUGAAGAUGCGGCCCAUGCUAAUACAGCAAGGGUUGUGGAAAGCACUAGAAAGGGAAGCCAGGCUACUGGAAACUCUACGAAAGGAAGAGAAGAUAGACUUGAAGAAGUGGGCGCUGAGUGCAAAUCAGCUCUCACUUUCUGAUGAAGUCUUAGGGGAGGUUGUAGAAGAAAAUUCAGCUUCUGCAUUAUGGUUGAAGCUGGAAGCCCUUUACUUAACCAAAUCAGUCACUAACCGAUUGUAUCUGAAGAAACGGUUGUUCACCCUCAGUAUGAAUGAAGGUGGUUCCAUCAAAGACCAUCUUGAUGAGUUCAACAAGCUCAUUUUAGACUUGAAGAAUAUCGAUGUGAAGAUAAAAGAUGAAGACCAAGAAAUUAUUGUUUUGUACUCAUUACCUGACUCUUAUGACAACUUUGUUGAAACUCAUCUUCAUAGUAGAGAUCAACUCUCUAUGGAAGAUGUCAAGGUGGCCCUAAAUUCAAGAGAAUUGAAGAAGAAGGUGUCCGGAGACAAAUGCGGUGAUCAAGUAGUAGGAUUGGUCAUAAGAGUGGUUCUUGGUGAUGAUAUAGUGUUGCCUAUUGUUGGAAUUGGCAACAUCCGAAUUAAGAGGUAUGAUGGGAUGGUUAGAACAUUUGAAGUUCAUCAUGUGUCGGGUUUGAAGAAAAAUCUCAUUUUCAUGAGUGAGCUUGACUCCAAGGGCUGUCGAUACUCUUGUGAAGGUGGAGUUCUUGAAGUCUCUAAAGGAGCUCUUGUAAUAUUGAAGGGGAAGAAAGUUGGUGGUGAAAAAGGGAUGAUGGAGUUGAGCAAGCGGGGUCUUCUAUAUGGCCAAAAAAUUGGCAAGCUAGACUUUUGUGAGCAUUGUGUUUAUGGCAAGCAGUGCAGGUGGAGCGUGUAUAGGUUGACCUCCAUUGAUGAAUAUUCAAGAAAGGUGUGGGUAUACACCUUAAAGAGUGAGAGUGACGUGUUCCUCACCUUUAAGCAGUGGAAUACGCUGAUUGAGAAGCAGACUGGAAAACAAAUCAAGCGUCUAAGAACAGAUAAUGGUCUUGAGUACUGCAGUGGUGAGUUUGAUACUUUUUGCAAGAAUAAUAGAAUUGUGAGACAUCGCAUUGUUAAGAUGACACCACAACAAAACGGUGUUGCAGAAAGGAUGAAUCAUACACUCUUGGAGAGGGCACAGUGUAUGCUCUUAAAUGUUGGAUUAUUAAAGGACUUUUGGGCAGAAGCUGUCAAUCAUGCUAGCUAUCUUGUAAAUCGGUCUUCAUCCACAGGAAUUGGAUUAAAGACUCCAGAAGAAUUAUGGUCAGGUUCUCCUACUGAUUAUUCACAUUUGAGGAUAUUUGGUUGUUCUGUGUAUGCUCAUGUUAAGAAUGGUAAACUUGAGCCAAGGGCAAUGAAGUGUGUAUUUCUAGGGUACGCUUCCAGGAUAAAAGGCUAUAGAUUGUGGUGUGUUCAGAAGUCACCUCAGUUCCUCAUGAGUAGAGAUGUAACCUUUGAUGAGUUUGUUAUGCUCCAAAAAGCAAAAGAGGAGUCAACAAUUGCAAAGCCAGGCCAUGGAGUUAGCAAGCAGGUGGAGUUUGAAGCAACAACUCUAGAAAAGGCAGUGCGAGAUGACAACAUUGUCCAAGAGAAUCUAGAUGUGGUGCAAGAUCCAAAGCUAACAGAUACUCCAAUGGAUGUGGGGGCACCUGAACAAACACAACAGCAAUAUAAUAUUGCUAUUGGUAGACAGAGGAGGGAGACCAAACCAUCUCAAAGAUAUGGCUAUAUAGAUUAUGUUGCCUAUGCUCUAUCAGUUACAGAACUAGUGAAGGUUGAGGAUCCCAACACUUAUUGGGAAGGAAUUACUAGUAAAGAAUCUCCUUAUUGGCCUGCUGCCAUGACAGAGGAGAUUGAGUCUCUACAUAAGAACCAGACAUGGGAGCUUGUGAAGCCACUAAAUGGACAAAAAAUUGUUGGAUACAAAUGGGUCUUCAAGAGAAAAGAAGGAAUCCCAAGGGUAGAGACACCCAGAUUCAAGGCCAGAUUGGUUGCGAAGGGUUUCACACAACGAAAGGGUAUUGAUUUCCAUGAGGUAUUCUCUCCAGUGGUGAAACACAGCUCUAUCCGUGUUUUACUUGCCAUGGUUACUUUAUAUGAUCUUGAGUUGGAGCAGCUUGAUUGGUACAAACGAUUUGACAACUUCAUGGUUAAGAGUAGAUUCACUCGGAGCAACUAUGAUAGUUGUGUCUAUCAUAAAAAGCUUGGAGAUGGUUCUUGGGUUUACUUGUUGUUGUAUGUUGAUGACAUGCUUAUUGCUGCCAAAAGCAUGUUAAUCAUUGAUGAUUUGAAGAAGCAACUUAGUGGUGAGUUUGAGAUGAAAGACUUGGGUGCAGCUAAGAAGAUCUUAGCAAUGGAGAUUCACAGGGACUGUAAAGGAGGCUGUGACUACUCUAAGGCUGUGACUACUCCUUUGGGAGCACAUUUUAAGUUUUCAUCAAAUUUGUCACCAAAAACGGAGGAGGAGAAGAAGUUUAUGGCAUGCAUUCCUUAUGUGAGUGCUGUUGGGAGCUUAAUGUAUGCUAUGGUAUGUACUCAUCUUGAUAUUUCACAUGCAGUCAGUGUGGUUAGUCCAUAUAUGGGUAAUCCGGGUAAAGGACAUUGGGAAGCUGUGAAGUGGAUCCUCCGGUAUUUAUGAGGCACAACAGAUGUUGGACUAGUCUAUGAUCGGAGUGCUAAUCCGAGUGGAAAUAUAGUCGGAUUUGUCGA